AUGGCAGAGACUGGAGAAUUAACAGAGAUAUAGAAAUAAGAAUUCAAAGAGGUAUUUUCUUUGUUUGAUAAGGAUGGGGAUGGGACUAUAUCAACUACAGAGUUGGGAACUGUUAUGAGGACACUAGGAUAAAACCCGACAGAAUAAGAGUUAGAAUAGAUGAUUUUGGAGGUUGAUGUUGAUGGUAAUAAGGAAAUCGAUUUCGAUGAGUUCUGUGCACUGAUGAUUAAGAAAAUGAAAGAGUCUGAACCAGAGGAAGAGUUGGUUGAAGUAUUUAAGAUAUUUGACCAGGAUAACAACGGUUGCAUAGAUUGGUAUGACCUUAAGAACAUAUUUAAGGAAUUAGGAGAAAAGAUUACAGAUGAUGACUUAAAAGAAAUGAUAGAGGAGCAUGAUGCUGACGGAGAUAAAGCUCUGAAUUUCGAAGAAUUUGUCAAAAUGAUGAUGGCGAAGUGA